UCUACUUCCGGUUAGUGGCGGAGCGCUUUGGAUCUGGCUUGUUUUCCGCGUGGGGGAGUGGAGAGGAGAACCGGGUCGGUCAGCUCCGGAGCCCGGGGUUUCGAGUGGCGAGCCGGCGACAUUUCGCGCCGCGGGACCUGAGCCGUUUCGUUGGUAGCGCGCAGCUCGCCGUGCGGGGCGGCCGAAAGCGCGGAGAAACCGAAAGGCAGACCCCGCCGCUCCCGGCCGCUCCGGGUCGCUCCGGGUCGCUUUGCUCCGACCGCCCAAAGCUGUUUAUAAUCGCCGGUGGACUGAGCUGAAACUUUUUAAGUGCAGCAAGUAUUUCUUGGAGGAAUAACUCACCAGGAAUUAAAGAUGAGUAAGAGCAAAGAUGAUGCACCCCAUGAACUAGAGAGCCAGUUUAUCUUACGACUGCCCCCAGAAUAUGCCUCUACUGUGAGGAGGGCAGUGCAGUCUGGACACGUCAACCUGAAAGACAGACUGACCAUUGAGUUACACCCUGAUGGGCGUCAUGGAAUUGUCAGAGUGGAUCGUGUUCCAUUGGCCUCAAAGUUGGUAGAUUUGCCGUGUGUUAUGGAAAGCUUGAAAACCAUUGAUAAAAAAACCUUUUACAAGACAGCAGAUAUCUGUCAGAUGCUCGUGUCCACAGUAGAUGGUGAUCUAUACCCUCCUGUGGAGGAGCCAGUUGCCACUGCUGAUCCCAAAGCAAGCAAGAAAAAAGAUAAAGAUAAAGAGAAGAAAUUUGUUUGGAACCAUGGAAUUACUCUACCUCUAAAAAAUGUCAGAAAGAGAAGGUUCCGGAAGACAGCCAAGAAGAAGUAUAUCGAAUCUCCGGAUGUGGAAAAGGAAGUGAAGCGGUUACUGAGUACAGAUGCAGAAGCUGUUAGCACUCGUUGGGAGAUAAUCGCCGAAGAUGAAACGAAGGAGACAGAGAAUCAAGGCCUUGAUAUCUCCUCUCCAGGAAUGUCUGGCCACAGGCAGGGCCACGACUCGCUGGAACAUGAUGAACUUCGAGAGAUAUUCAAUGACCUCAGCAGCAGCAGUGAAGAUGAAGAAGAUGUAAACAUCAUUGACACCGAGGAAGAUCUGGAGAGACAGCUACAAGACAAGCUCAACGAGUCAGAUGAACAGCACCAAGAAAGUGAAGGAACCAGUCAGUUGGUUAUGGGGAUUCAGAAACAGAUUGAUAACAUGAAAGGCAAGCUUCAAGAGACCCAAGACAGGGCAAAGCGCCAGGAGGACCUCAUCAUGAAAGUAGAAAACCUGGCUCUCAAGAACAGGUUUCAGGCUGUUCUGGAUGAACUCAAACAAAAGGAAGACAGGGAGAAAGAGCAGCUUAGCUCUUUGCAAGAAGAGCUAGACUCACUUCUAGAGAAGUGAGAAUGUUGAUUUCAGUCCUUAGACGGUCAGCUUGAGAGAAAUUGUUUUUCAUAAUAAGAUCUCAAAAUUGUUCUUAUUUUCUAUAAUGCUAGGAGUUUUGUUGAAUUUUGUUGGUUGUUUUCGGAAACGUUGUGCCAGGUUUUCAUUCUUUAGGAAGUAGGAUUACAUAGGCUGACGUAAGAAGAUUUUAAGUAAGAUUAGUGAAAUGAACAGUUAGCUUUAAUCACUUUACUAUAGGAUUUUAUUACUAUUUGUCUCUUUUCCAGAAAUGUUUAUUCCUGUUCAUUGGUGCUAAGAUCAGUAAGAAGCUAGCCUACAGGCAGUUAAGUUAGUUCAUGUUAUUAUUAUUUUUUUUAAGUUUUUAAGUAUAUGUAUACAGUAGCUAUUUUAUUAGCUACUCAGCAAGUUUCCAUGUAUAGAAAUGAAAGUUAUUUCAUAAAGUUGUUUCUUGCACAAUAAAAGCUACUAAUGUUCACAUUAUAA